AAAGAACACAUGAAUUGAAAGAGGAACGGUGCAACUUCGGAAGGCUUGCAGUGUUGCAGUAACACUUUUUUCAUGUUUUCUUCUGUGAUUCGCAGAAGAAUUCGUGCAUCUCCUCACACACUCGCCUUCGCCUUCAUCUCCUGCACAAGAUCACUGACCAACACAUCAUCGUCGUCGUCGUCGUUAUCAUCAUGUGCGCAGUCCACGGUAAAACAAGUGUGCUCACUGGUAUACGAUUAUUUCGAAGACCACCACACCCACAGGAGAUUCUCCCCUCUGUACCUCGACGUCGAUCCCAAUUCCCUAACCCACGACCAAGUUGUCACCAUCGUCGCUUCGCUCGCCUCCGAUGGCGGUUCGGUGGUGGCCCACCGUUUCUUCAACUGGGUCAUUACUUCCAACAAGUUCCGCCAUUUCACGCGCCUCUACAUUGCGUGCGCAACGUCUCUCAUUGGAAACAGAAAUUUCGAGUUGGCCAGUGACGUGUUGCAAUGUAUGGUGAAGAGUUUCGCCGAAAUCGGGAGGGUCAAAGAGGCCGUGGAAAUGGUCAUCGAAAUGCACAACCAGGGAUUGGUUCCCAGUACGAAAAUGCUGAACUGGGUAAUUAUGAUUGUGAUAGAAAUGGGUUUGGUUGAGUAUGCAGAGAACGUGUUUGAUGAAAUGUGCGCGAGAGGGGUGCAGCCGAAUUGUGUUAGUUACACGGCCAUGGUUGUCGGUUAUUGUAGAAUGGGUAAUGUUUUGGAGGCGGAUAGGUGGUUGAGAGCCAUGAUUGAGAGAGGGUUUGUAGUUGACAGUAGGACGUUUACGUUGGUAGUGAGGGAGUUCUGUGAUAAGGGUUUUGUGACCAGGGCAUUGUGGUAUUUUCGUAGGUUGAGUGAGAUGGGUUUGAGGCCUAAUUUGAUUAAUUUCACUUGUAUGAUUGACGGGUUGUGCAAGAGGGGUAGCGUGAAACAGGCGUUUGAGAUGUUGGAGGAGAUGGUUGGGCAGGGUUGGAAGCCGAAUGUGUACACGCACACGGCUUUGAUUAAUGGCCUGUGCAAGAAAGGUUGGACUGAGAAGGCGUUUAGACUGUUUCUCAAGCUUGUUCGAAGCGAGAAUCACAAGCCGAAUGUGCUUACUUAUACUGCCAUGAUUAGUGGGUAUUGCAGGGAUGGGAAAAUUAAUCGGGCUGAGAUGCUGCUGAGACGGAUGAAGGAGCAGGGAUUGGCGCCGAACACAAACACAUACACGACUCUUGUUGAUGGGCACUGCAAAGCGGGGAAUUUUGAAAGGGCGUAUGAGUUGAUGAAUGUGAUGAAUGAGGAAGGUUUUAGUUCCAAUGUGUGUACGUACAAUGCCGUUAUUGAUGGACUUUGUAAAAAGGGAAGGGUGCAAGACGCUUACAAUGUGCUUAAGAGUGGGUUUCGUAAUGGGUUGGAAGCUGAUAAAUUUACUUAUACUAUUCUCAUGUCUGAACAUUGCAAACAGGGGGAAAUUAAGCAAGCGUUAGUGUUGUUCAAUAAGAUGCUCAAGAGCGGUAUUCAACCUGACAUUCAUUCAUACACUACGUUGAUUGCAGUAUUUUGUAGGGAAAAAAGAAUGAAAGAAAGUGAGAUGUUUUUUGAAGAAGUUUUGAGAUUUGGACUUGUUCCUACAAACCAAACCUAUACGUCAAUGAUAUGUGGUUACUCUAAAGUAGGCGAUUUGAGUUUGGCUUUUAAGUUUUUCCACAGGAUGAGUAACCAUGGUUGUGCUCCGGAUUCUAUUACUUAUGGUGCCCUUAUAAGUGGGCUGUACAAACAGUCAAAGUUGGAUGAGGCUCGUGGAUUGUAUGAUGCCAUGAUAGAGAAGGGACUUACUCCAUGUGAAGUUACUCGAGUAACUUUGGCUCAUGAAUAUUGCAAAAUAGAGGACAGUUGCUCUGCUAUGCUUGUUCUUGAAAGGCUAGAAAAGAAACCCUGGAUCCGGACAGUUAACACUCUGGUCAGGAAGCUAUGUAGUGAGAAAAAAGUGGGAAUGGCAGCCCUGUUCUUUCACAAGUUACUAGACAUGGAUCCUCAUGCCAAUCGUGUAACAUUAGCAGCAUUCAUGACUGCAUGCUAUGAAAGCAGUAAUUAUGCUCUUGUUUCUGAUUUGUCUUCGAGAUUAUACAAGGAAAACCAUUUAGCAAUCAAAGUGACUAAAUAACACAUUUAGGACGUGCUUUGACGCUUUGUAAGCCUGCUUACAUCUGGACCAAUAACUAGUUGGGUUUUGAUGAAGUAUUUGGGAAGUAUACUUGUUGGAGAAGUGAGAUUUGUGUCAUCUAGGUGCUGACUUCUGCAUUGGGUUACCGUGUUUUAUGAACAUAUGGAGUCAUGAAGGGCAUCGAUUAUGUGAUUCGGCAGGGAAAUGGAUAUCUCAAUUGGAUUAUCGGGAAAUGGCUAUCUCUUUCACAGCUUGCUUGCAUGGCACCAAAGACUUCUCACUUUCUAUCUAUAUAAGAUCAUAUUUCGUUCAACUUCACUGCAGGUUUUCCAAUUCAGAGACAAUUCUCUGCUAAAAUUGAUUAAAUGAUAGAAAAAAUUCUACUGUAGCAUAUACAGCAGCUAAAAGAUGGAGAGUUAUCAUGCCAUGAUUGUUCUGAUAAUCUUUGCCAGCUAAAUUGAAAGGUAAUCUGAUACUACACCACAAUUGAUGAUAGCUCAUUAGAACUUGCAUGCUGGUGUUAUGCCAUUGUUGUCAAGAGUCUCAAGACAACACAGUAUUUGCUGCUGACAGGUGUUCAACAUGCAAAGAUGUUAAACAAAGUGCUAUCUGAUUUGUUCAGGUAAAGGAUGAUGUUGCUGAUCUCCCGUGACGUCAAAUGUGAAGAGUAAGCAUAUGGUUGUACUCUAUCAUAUCUAUUUUCAUGCACCCUCGUUCCAUGUAUUUUUCUCUCUAUUAUUUGCAGCAUUGCCUUUACAGUGUUUACAACCUUCAUUCAGGAUUGUUGUUCUUUUAUUUUAUUUUUUUUACUUUUCUGCUUUUGUUUGUGCUAGCAUACAAAACAUUGUAUCUUUAUGUUUUGAUGAAUUAAAUUUUAUUCAACAAAGAAGAGGAAAAAAAACCCACAUUUUCUUUAAGUUGGAGUUGUGUCCAUUCUUGCGACGAAUCCAGGAUACACAAAUAUGGGCGAGAGUGAUGAAGAAAGA